AUGGCCAUCUUUGAGGCGCGCGCGGAACGCGACGCCUUCCCUUCGUGUCCUUCGCGAUGGCUGAGACAAGUACCUUCCGAAACUUCCAUGUCCGGUGAGGACCUGCAUCAGGCGGGCUCCAUGAAAUCUGGGAGGCAGAAGGAGUGUGUGGUGACUGGAACGCUAUGUCUCAUGCUGCGUAUGUCACAACUGGCUGGCGUCGCACCGAUCCGUUUCCGACGCUUGCACGGGCUUUUAUCAACCACUACAAUAGCUAUAGACAUCCUAAUUGAGCCGGAGAGGUCGUACCGCACCCGUACAAACUCGACCCGCAUCGUCUGGGUAGCUGAUGUAGGUACUGUUGGCUUGGUAGUCUGUACUGCCGCAUUCACUGGUUUCAGUCGUAUGAAAUGCCUGAUGGUGUAUUUGUUGAAGCUGCAAGAGAUAAACUUAAAACUGAGUCUGUACCACGAUGAACCAUCAAAUGAAAGUGCGAGGAAACUGAUAGCAGUCAGUUCCAUGAUCUUCACCUGCUCAACCAUAUUGCUGGACUUCAGCAUAUUCAUCUACCAAGUCGCUAUUGAUCAUGGGAAAUUGUUCACAUCAUGCAUGUAUAUCUUCUACAACAUAUCGACAGCAGUGCAGCAAGUGAUACUGCUCACGUUCUCUGAGACCGCCACCGCUGUGUGCACCUCGCUUCUUUCACUCAACAACUGCUUGAAGAACCUUCUUGAACAAAUUGUGCACGACUCACCUGAAGCAAGGAACUCGGUAUUGAACCAGGACUGCAGAAUCGACAUUUAUAACACUAUCUCCAGUAAAUCCAUCAACAGUGUCGUUGACACUAUGGCGGCGUACAGAGCUCAACCAAGACCAGCACUACAUCCUCUACCAAUAAUGAUACGUCGCCUAGGCUUACUAUAUUGUUCCCUCUGCGACGUGGUGCGUCACGUUAACGAUAGCUAUGGUACAGUUCUCGUCGCCAUGUUGCUGUGCCUUCUCCUGCAUCUUGUCAUCACGCCGUACCAUGUCAUCACUAAUAUCUUCAACAAAUCAAGAUCAGACAGGUCGAGCCCAACUUUGCAACUGAACUGGGUUGUAUUGCACUUUAUCAAUUUGUUGUUAAUCGUUGAGCCCUGCCAUCGCACCCAUGAAGAGAUGAGACGAACCCGCCACCUGAUCAGUCAGAUGCUGCGUCACACGACUACUGACAACAAUGGUUUGCUGUCUGAGCUGCAGAUAUUCUACCAGCAUCUGAGUUUGAAUGAAGUGUCGUAUGCACCAUUGAAGAUGUUCCCGUUGGACAGGACUCUUAUUGUUACGGUACCAUUCUUAGUAUAUUUUUAUUUAAGUUUACCAUUCACGGGUCCACAGGGCAUUCCCAAUUCCCAAAAGGUCGAUUCUUGGAAGUAUCACCACUUACCUGGUAGUAGUUGUUCAGCUUUAAACUGGAAAUUUCAGGGAAAAGAAGAAUAGAACAUACUCAAGAGUGUUUUAUUGUCCCUCAUUUAAUAUAAUUUGAACAAUAAAUCGUGUACCUACUAAAUUGACCUUUUAUUUGUCUUUGUCUCCUUUCUUACUAUUAUAUUGUUCCAAAAGAUUUUCAGUCGUAAUUGCACAAUCUUCAAUGUCCUCAGGAUUCAAAUCUAAACCAAACAUGUGUUCAAAUCCAAGAAACACUUUACCAUAUUUAUGGAACAUAUCUCUUGUAUCGUCAUCUAAUUUAAAUAUAGCUUUUCUUUUAAAAAUACCAUCUACUGCAUUAUCAUUCAGAUUACCAUUAUUAGAAAAUCUUUUAGCAAUUACUUUACUUUCCUCGAAUUCAUCCAAGCCUUUCAUGACAACAUUGCUGUUACCAUAUUCGUAAGCUACAGUCGUUCUAGCUUCUUUAGAACCAUCAGUGUCUCUUUUAUUUACAUUGUCUUCCUUUUCAUUAUUUUCACGUUUGUCUCUAUCAUUUUCAUCACAAGAUUCCAUUUCCGCAUACUCACCAUCAAGGUUUCUCUUAAACAUUGUGACGUCGUUAUUCUCCAAUAUUUCAGGCCUUACCUCUAUUACAUUUAGUAAAUAUUCAAAGAGAACUGGUAUGCUUCUGAAUAUUUGUAUGUAUUCAUAAUGUGGAUCGCUGGAUUCGUUUGUUUCUAUAAAAUCAGUGUGAAUGCGUU